AUGUCGGCAAGACUGGCGGCUGGCUUACCCUCGACUCUCUUCAUGAUCUUCUCUUUCUUCGGCGCGCUUUGGGGCUACUGGGCCAUCCUCAAGCACACCUCGCUCGUCACGGCAGCAUUUUCAACAUCCCCUGCUUCGGCUCAAGCACCGCUGGCUGGCUCCCCUGAAGCACUGAAUCCCAAGCUCACCAAUAUCAUCGGCAAGGAUGUCAUCACGCUCUACUACAACGGUACAGGACCAGUUCCUGCCUAUGACAAGAAAUCACCUUUACCAGAGCCCAUCACCCCUCUGGGCGAGUCGGCGGUUGAGGAGUCGAUUCUCAACGAGUUGCUCUCCAUCCUUGACACUCCCUACUAUCCAGACACUUGCUCAAAGUGCAUGGCAGCGGGCCAAGUUCUCCACAUCGCAGCCAUCAGUCAGCCAGUGGCUACCUUCAUAAAUGUGCUCAUCAGAGCCUGCAAUGCUGUCCCAGAGUUCAAGUCAAAACUCCGAGCCGCGUCCUGCGAGUCUCAUUUCAGCGGCGGGUCCGGAUACGGCCCAUACAUGGCGCAGCUCUUUUCGAAGAUGAGUCUCGCCACGGGUGACAUGCAGCAUUGGUGCUCCGUCAACUACGAAUUUUGUGAAGUACAACCUCCAGUCCUGAUCGAUGAAAACUUCUACUUUGAUCCGAAACCGGAAUCAGCAAACAUGGCACCAGAACCCUCCGGCCACACCUUCAAUGUGCUCCAUCUCUCUGACUGGCACCUGGACCCUCGAUAUGACAUUGGGUCCGAAAGCAACUGUUCAGACUACCUGUGCUGCAGGCCAUACUCGGUCAACAGAGAGCUGUUCACCGAUUCCCACAACGCUUCGGUCCCGGCUUCGAGGUUUGGAUCGUUCCUAUGCGACUCUCCUGCCGAUCUGGCGCUUUCAGCACUCGUAGAGCUGCCCAGGGUUUUGGACAUGGACGAACUUGCCUUCAGUAUAUUCACGGGUGACAUCGUCUCGCACGACCCAGACGACCUCCUCUCACGUGAUUAUGUAUCCUACGAGGAAGAGGUGACUUUCAAAAUAUUUAAGCGUCUGCUUGGGGAUAGAAUCCCUGUAUACCCUGCUCUAGGGAACCAUGACACUCUCCCAGUCGGCUUCAACACGCCCCACAGCAUGAAUCCCGACCCCACUAACCGAAGCAGCAACAUCCUGCAGUGGAACUACGACCUUCUUUCCUCGCUGUGGUCGGGCCAUUCGUGGCUGAACGACACAGAAGCCGAGUUUGCACGUACUCAUUUUGGUGCCUACGCGACCACCACCUCUCAAGGUCUACGCAUCAUCUCGAUCAACUCGGACUUCUGGUACAAGGAAAACAUCUUCAAUUACUGGAAUGUGACGAACCCGGAUCCAAGUGGGAUCCUCAAGUGGCUGGCGGAUGAACUGUCGGGGUGCGAGAAGAGAGGCCAGCGAGCGUGGAUCAUCGCCCAUGUGCUCUCGGGGUAUGAUGGCUCCUCACCUAUGCCGAAUCCAACAGCUCUCUUCUAUUCUAUCGUGCGCCGCUUCUCGCCGGCGACAGUCGCGGCAAUCUUCUUUGGGCAUACACACCAAGACCAAGUGCAAAUCUUCUAUGACUACCUCCCUUCCUCCUUUGUCACCAAUUCCGACCCGAAAGACCCCAAAGCACUCCGGGAUACGACGCAAAUAGACAUCACCAAGCCCUUGCAAAUUGGACACAUCGGCCCUUCCAUAACACCCCUCACAGGCCUCAACUCAGGGUACCGAGUCUACCAGAUCGACAGCGAGACAUUCUCCGUGAUGGGUGCGCAAACAUACUUUGCAAACAUGUCCAACAGCCUCAGCUGGACGAAGCCGGUCUGGGAAUUCGAGUAUGACACGCGGCACGUCUACUCGAUCAAUGCGGAUUUGGAGACUGCCCAUGAGGAUGAAAGGGUGGCGCGCGACGACGACAUCGCAAGCACAAGCCCGUCGCAUGGCCACGGGAUCCCCUGGCCCGCGUCGUCGCCCCUGAACGCCACCUUCUGGCAUCUCGUAACCGAGAAAAUGCUGAAUGACUCCGCCUCCGCCUCCUCCACCCCCACAACACGUGACAACGGCGGCGAUGGCGACAGCGACGAUGACAAUAAACCCAAAUCGCCCCUCCUGGACCUCUACGAGCGCCACGAGUCCAAAUCCAGCUCCCACCCGGAGCGCCGGAUGAGCGGCGGCGCAAACAAUCCAGAACAGAAGGUGUGCUUCUUACGCGCCGGCAGCGGCUAUCUGGGACACUACUGCAAGGAGAAAUACGGCGGUGGCGACGCGAGGUCUCUGCGCGAGAGAGCCUUUGACGUGAGGUGA